AUGUCCAAAACAAUAUUAGCAUUGGGAACUAUAGCUUUGAUUGGAGCUCUAUUAAUGGCCAACUAACCUUAAUCUGUUGAUUAUGUUUCUAAGUUUGAAACAUUCAAGUAGAAAUUCGGAAAAAGAUAUGGAUCAACAGAAGAAGCAUACAGAUUGGCUGUGUACACCCAGAACUUAUUAUAUGCUGAAGCAUACAAUGUAUAGAAGGGAAAGAGAGUAUUUGGAGAAACUAUCUUUUCCGAUUUGACUCAAGAAGAGUUUGCAUAAACAUAUCUCACAGCCUAAGCAACUGAAGAAGACUUGAAUGUGAAAAGAGUCUCUGCUAGAUCAAACAACCUCUAAGCUUCAGUAGAUUGGAGUACCUAAGGUGCUGUGAGUCCAGUCAAAGAUCAAGGAUAAUGUGGUUCUUGCUGGACCUUCAGUACAACAGGUGUCCUAGAGAGUUUCUUCUAUCUCUAAACUGGAGAAUUGCCAGAUCUGUCAGAAUAACAAUUAUUGGACUGUUCAACAGUUGUAGAUUUCAACAAGGGUUGCGAUGGAGGUUUACCUGCUAGAGCUUUGA